AUGCAGCAGUUGAUGAAAGCCGAGCGUGUGAAAGAUGAGAAAGAUCUGGUGUUACUGCGACGUUUAUGUGAUCGUGUUGAGACACACUACAGGGGUUUAGAGGCGCUGGGUAUCGAGAAAAAUACGUAUUCGUCGAUCGUUGUGCCUCAUAUAUUGGAUUGUUUACCCGAGUCUGUGCGGUUAAUCAUCACAAGGGAAAAGGACUUCCAUGAGUGGGAUGUAGAGAAUUUACUAGAGCCUUUGAAAAGGGAGAUUGAAUUGCGGGAAGAACAUCGCGAGCCAGAGCGCAAGGGUAGUCGAGAGUUUGUCGAACGCUCAAGCUGGAAACGAAGUCCGUCCUCGGCCCAAGCUUUACACACAAAGUCAAGAGUAGAAGCCUGCGCUUUCUGUUUGGGUAUGCAUCGCCAUGAAGAGUGCAAUCGAAUGAACAGUAAGUAGAAACAUAAGGAACUUUUAGUAAAGUACUCUCGUUAUUUUAACUGUUUGAGAAGAGCCCAUUUGCCACGUAAUUGUAAUGUUAAAGUUAAUUGUAAUACUUGUAAAGUGGAGCAUCACACUGCUUUGUGUGAUCAGGGUAAGGUACAUAAAAGUAAGCCCAAGGGACCUGAGGCAGAUGGAGGGGAAAGGGAGGUAUGCACCACGUUAAUUGUAAGUCCAAAAAAUAGUAUAGUUUCUUUGUCUUGUUCAAAAGUUGUGUUGCAGACGGCUCAAGCAAUGUUUGUUGGCAAGAAAAGCGGUCGUGUGAGAGUGUUGUUGGACUCGGGGAGUCAGAGGACGCUUGUUACUGUUAAGGUUGCGAAAGCUCUUGGUUGCGAGGUUGUGCGUGUGGAAAACUUGAGCAUUGGGACGUUUGGGCAAAGGGCUUUGGAUUCUGAGUUGAGAAAUGUUGUGCGGUUAGAAUUGAGGUCUUUGUUUGGGAGCCAAGUUGUGUCUGUUGACACUUACGUUGUGCCAGAAAUAUCGGUGAUUAGGAAUCAACAUUUGGAGGUUGUGAGAGAAAAUUAUGCGCAUUUGAAGGAUCUUUGGUUGUCUGAUGUUUGUAAGUCGAGUGAAGACUUAGAAGUUGAUGUUCUUGUGGGUGCAGAUUAUUUGUGGUUGUUGCAAAGGGAUUGUGUAAGACGCGGUAAGCCCGGCGAACCUGUUGCGAUUGAUACUGUUCUUGGUUGGGUGGUUUCUGGGCCGAUCGGUGGGUUUGAUGUAGAUGAACCAGUUACUGCUCAGGUAAAUCUUGUUUCUAGCGAAGUGCGAAACCCUUUGGUAGAUAUUACUAAAUUUUGGGAUUUAGAGAGCAUAGGGAUAAAAGAUCAGAAUAGUGAUGUGCAUGAAUCAGUGAUUAGUGAUUUAAAGUUUAGUGGUACACGUUAUUCAGUUGGCCUACCCUGGAAAGAAAGCCAGGAUCCCUUGCCCACUAACUAUGAAUUUAGUCUUAAGCGUAUGAAAGGACAGAUAAAGCGCCUGAACAAGGAUCCAGUAUUAUUAGGUGAGUAUGACUCCAUCAUAAAAGCGCAAGAAGAAGCAGGUGUUAUUGAAAAGGUAAGCCCGAAUAAAGUAAUUAAUUCCAAGUCAAAAGUACAUUAUAUACCACAUCAAGCUGUUGUGCGUAAAGACGCAACAACGGCGAAAGUCAGAAUUGUUUAUGACGCUAGUGCUAAGUCGCAAAAGUCUGGUGUUUCAUUGAAUGAUUUUUUGAAUGCUGGACCCUCACUCAAUCCACUUCUUUUCGAUAUUUUGCUUAGAUUUCGAGAACAAAGGGUAGCGCUCGUAGCGGACAUCGAAAAAGCGUUUUUGAAUAUUGAAGUUCACGAAAAGGAUCGCGAUAGUCUAAGGUUUUUAUUGGUAGAUGACGUGCUGCGCAGUAACUUAAAUCUUGCCGUUUAUCGUUUCGGUAGGGUCGUGUUUGGUGUGAACUCGUCACCGUUCUUGCUCAAUGCAACGUUAUGGCAGCAUAUUAGUAAGUACGCAGUGUAUGAUAAGGAUUUUGCCGAUAAACUAUUGAAAAGUUUUUAUGUCGACGACUUAGCUACCGGCGGAGCUAACACAGAAAGUGCGUAUUUGUUAUAUACAAAGGCUAGGGAGCGCAUGAACGAAGGUGAUUUUAAGUUGCGUAAAUGGCGCACUAAUGAUAGUGAAUUAAGGACGCAAAUACAAGAAAGCGCCACUGAUUUAGACAAACAUGUAGAAGAGGCAGAAGAGCAAACAUAGGCGAAGGAAAUGCUUGCGUGCCAGGCAGGAGGUCAGUUUGGCAAGGUGCUUGGAUUGGAAUGGGAUUGCAUGCGCGACUUAAUUAGAUUUGACUUUGACCACUAUAAUAAUAAUAAUAAUAAUAAUAAACUUUAUUUGAUGAGGGUAAAUUAA